AUGGGAAGUCUUAUCUAUCUCACGUUAACCAGAUCAGAUAUUGCAUAUGCAGUGAGUGUGAUUAGCCGGUUUAUGCAAAAACCGAUGAAACGUCACCUGGAGGUAGUACGUCGGAUAUUAUGGUACGUGAAAGGAACCAUUGACUAUGGAAUCCAGUACCACAAUGAUAAAGAGAUUGAAGUUGUCAAAUACUGUGAUGCUGACUAUGCUCGUGAUCUCAACACACGUCGGCCAACUACGAGUUAUGUGUUCAAUCUGGGUACUGGAGCAGUCUCUUGGUCUAUCAAUAGACAACCAACAAUGUCACUAUCAAGUACAAAAGCAGAAUACAAAGCGACAACUAUGGCUACACAAGAAUGUGUGUGGUUGACACAAUUACUAAAGGAUCUGUAUCAACCGAUUGAUCGGGGAAUCAAGUUAGCCUGUGAUAGUCAGUCUGCAAUACGUUUAGCGGAAAAUUCUGUUUUUCACGCGAGGACAAAACAUGUGGAGGUACAUUAUCAUUUUGUCCGAGAAAAGGUUCUACGGGUUGAGAUUGAAAUUGAACAAGUGAACACGGAGGACCAAGUUGCUGAUAUAUUCACAAAAGGUCUUGGAGGACCAAAGUUUGAAAAGUUUCGUAAACAACUUGGCAUGACCUCUAGACUAACUCUGAGAGAGAGUAGUCGUUGA